UCAAAGUAUAUUUAUUUAUUCCUUGCGUUUGACCAUUCUUCUCACAUAGUCGACGGGCGAAGUGAGAUCACGAUGAAGGAGGAUGCCUGGCAGGGUCGGAGCAUCGAAAAUAUUCAUUGUUUGUUAUGAACAGACAAGCAAGGGCCGGUUGUGCUCCCGCUGCCACGUUGGGCACCUUGAGUUUGUUUGAAACCCUAAAGUGAGCGUCUGUAGAUUUCUGGUGUAUAUAUAUUCGAAGUUUGCGAGUGUCUGUCACGACUAUACUUGAACAGGAUCUGUUCUAUAGUACAUCUUGGUCUGUGAUCUCUAUUGCAGACAUGUCCCUAGAGCCGGACGAUGACCAGAGGCUUGGGUACCGUUGCGCGAAUACCGCUGGCCAGAGUUGGUGCAAACCUGGGCUCGGCCCAGCCUGAUGACCGUCUCGUUGCGCUCAUUCCGCCGGCGGUGAAGGCAUCCAAGUGAUCUGUCGGGUGAUAGCAACAUAAGUUGAAACCGACUUAGAACAACUCCCUUUCUCAAACCCUCAUAACAGACACUAAAGUCUGUUAUGAGGGUUUGAGAACAUCUGGUUGCAUGUGGCUCACGAUGUGGGCUGAAAUCAGCUCACCUUAUCCGCUUGGAACACUCCUUUUCUGGAGAAUAUCGAACACGUCUACAUCUUCGGCAGGAAGUAGAUGCUUCUCACCCCACAUCUUUCGUGAGAAUUUCAUUAUCAUGCUUCUCACUCUGCAACAAUGAUACUGCAGGAGGUUAUCUUGUGUCGCUCAGAUUCUGUAUAUCUUUUAAGAGUAUUGAUUUUCAGACCGUGAGGAGGAAGGUGAGUUAAAAUUACUGAGAAUAGAGCGAAUGAGAGCUUCAUCAUAAUCAUCUCUGCUGUUUAACAGUGUGUAGGUAGCUGAAGGAGAUGAGGCAUACACCAGACCUGAGAAUUACAAAGUUUUGACUUCUCAAGGCAUGGAGUAGAAAGUAUAUGGGUCACAGGUACGCUGCCAAACUCUUUCCGGAUGAAUUUUUCAAGUUUGGCGGCUGCACAACGAUGCCAUGAUGGUAUUCUGCGCACGAUCUUCAGAGCUGCGAUGUCAUUCUUUCACGCCAAUCCUGUCGGUCGAUUAAUCAAUAGGUUUGCCAAGGAUUCAGGUGCAUCUGUCGAAACAAUGCCCUUUUUGCGAACAUGUUCCUGAGUUCAGCGUUCCAGUUGUUAUCAACUUUUGUUCUGAUUGGAGACGCGAACAGUAUGCCACUAUGGGCAAUUUGAAUAUUAAUUUAGCCUUCUGUUGUGCAAAUCUAUGUCUUCG